AUGAAAGAUGCUUUUCUCUCUAAUUCCAUGAAUGUAUUAGUAAAAGAAACUAAUAACUAAUUAACAAGUCAACUUACUUUAUAUGAUUAGAGAUUGAAAACAAUAAUAAAUUAGAGUAUGUUUUUAGAAAAUAAUUGUUAGUUUUCAGAAAACAACGAAUGUUCCAAAACAUUUAUUUAUUUAUUGAUGUUAAUGAUAACAUUAUUCAAACUCAGACCCCCUUUUACUGUCCAUCACAUAUAUCGUAAGCAGAAUCUAAAUCUUUCUUUUGCCUUAUGGCAUAUUAACAUGAUUAAUCUAACUAUACUAAAUUAUCAACAACAAUCAAAAAGUAAUUUUAGGUCAUUUCAAUAUUUCAUGAAACAAUAUUGAUGUUUGACACUUCUUCAUUUAUUGUUACUGGCAUUGCUUAUACAUCAAAUGAUGAAAUCCCUAUUUUAGGCACUUGGCCAGCCUUAAAUUCAACAUUAUCUUAUAAUGCACAUCAACGUUCUUGGUAUCUAAGCCAUACUAAAUAAAUGGAAAAUGGACAUUAAUAUUUAUAUAGUGAUUUAUUCACAACAAUUAUAGGUUCUUACACUAUUGCCAUAUCAUAGAAUUUAACUGAUAAAAAUAAUAAUUAUGCAGGAAUUGUUUUUAAUUUAAUGGAUUUUGGGGUCUUUAAAAAAAAUUUCAAUGCUGAUUAUAUUUUAGCUAAUAAUAAGGGUUAAAUUAUUAUAGGAUAGUUCAAUUAUCCUGAAAAUACCACUAAACCAAUCUUCUUUUUUAAUGAGACAAUUACAGGUUUUAAUUAAGUUGAUUGGGAUUCAAUUCAAAUGAUUAUUAAUCAUCCUUACCAAUAAUAAGAUGUUUAAUCUCUAAACAAUUGCUCCUAAGAUGUAUCAAACUACUUAUGCAGAUACAAUUCUUUAUACAAAUAAGAAGUUCUUUUAAUUGCUAAAUAGCUUGAAUAUCCUCCAUAUCCUCCUCAUAUUGUAAUAAUGUAAUUAAUUCUAAUAUUAAAAAGAUUUAAAAAUAUGACUGAACUUUAUCAAUAAGUGGAUAGACUCAAUUAAGAUAUAUAUUAUUUGUUUGGCCAAGAAUUUAUUAAAGAUAUUUAAAUUUUGAGUUUAGUUGCUUUAGGGAUUAUUUUAAUAUUUUUAGUAAUAUUAAAUUAAAUAACUAAAUCUUUAAACCUAUUAAUCAAAUAUUCUAAAUUUUAGUAGAAUAAUCUUACCUAUUUAAAAGAACAAUAAUAAAUUCAACAAUAAAUUGAAGCCAUAACUAAUUUAUAUAAUUUUAAACAAAACUUAAACAUGAUCAAACAAUCUGAGAAUGCAUUAGAUUAAUUAACAUUACAGUAUUUUUGUAAUCAUCUUUUUUAUGACAUAGAAUUGUUAUCAAUUUUUAAAGGUCAACAAGGUGAAUAUAAAAAAUCUGAAGAAUGUCUUUAAUUAGAAUCUACAUAGUAUCCAAAAACUAGAUUCUACUUAAAGUUCAUGAAACGUUACUAUUUGUAUGAUUAUCAAGCUAGUAUAGAUGAAAAAACUGUUAAUCAACUUAUAUAUUAUUUUUUAAAUAAAAAAUAGAAAUAUUGA